UGUCUUUCCAAGGAGGAGAUCCAGCCCCCUGCUGCAGCCUCCUCCUCCUCACUGAGGGCUGUACAGCUGGCAAUUUACAGACAGCAACACUGGAAGGAGUGAUUGGCUACUGGCUGCACCGCUGCACCGCGAACUGGACCCGUGUGGGAUCGAGGGGAUGAUAUAACAAAAGUGUCAGGAUUGUUAUCCUCCUUUUUCUUCCUUCUGUCUUUUGGGGGUUUUCCGGUUUGUGGACGUCAGGAUCAAACCUCUGAGAGUCAGCUCCUCUCUCUCCACUGGAACCACUGUAACCUCCUCACACUGGACAUAUAAGCUGAAGUCAUGGAGAAGUCCAGACGGGGACACCAGUUUGCACUCGUCCUCCUGUUGGGGAUGUUGUUACCGAGCUGCGUGACCCAGACGACGCCGUCCACCGCAGCCACGACGCCGGCGACCCCAUCUCGGACCCCCCCGCCUCAGACAGAGCGGCUGAAGGUCCGACUCACUGGGUACCCCCGGAAACACAACGAGGGCCGCGUGGAGCUCUUCUACAAGGGCGAGUGGGGAACCAUCUGUGACGACGACUUCUCCAUAACCAACGCCAACGUGCUCUGCCGCCAGCUGGGCUUCGUGUCCGCCACCGGAUGGACACACAGCGCCAAGUACGGCAAGGGCCAAGGGAAAAUCUGGCUGGACAACGUGCAGUGCAGCGGGGGGGAGAAGAGCAUCGAGCACUGCAAGUCUCGUGGCUGGGGCAACAGCGACUGCACCCACGACGAGGACGCCGGGGUCGUGUGCAAGGACGAGAGGAUUCCGGGCUUCCUGGACUCGAAUGUCAUCGACAGCCAGGUGGACGAGAACAAAGUGGAGGAGGUUCGACUCCGGCCCGUCGUCGCCACGGGCAAAAAGAAGGUGCCGACCACGGAGGGUGUGGUGGAGGUGAAACACAAAGACGGCUGGGCCCAGAUCUGCGACCUGGGAUGGACGAUCAAAAACACGCGGGUGGUCUGCGGCAUGCUGGGAUUCCCCCACGAGAGGAAGGUCAACAAGAACUUCUACAAACUUCUGAAAAAGCAGGCAGCUGAGAAGGCCUCCAGGUCAAAGGUUAAUGUCUCGGCCAGUGGAAGGCAGACACCCACAGCUAAAGCUAACCCUAAGUCUAAACAGAGCAGCCCUGGCAAAAGGUUGUAUCUGGAGCGUCAGAAGAACCACUUCCACCUCCACUCGGUGGCGUGCACGGGCACGGAGGUGCACCUGGCAGCCUGCCCCCUGGAGUUCAACAAGCCCAACGCCACGGUUCCCUGCGCCGGCGGCAUGGCGGCGGUCGUCAGCUGCAUGCCGGGGCCGCUGUUCACGCAAAACAGAAACUUGAAAAAGAAACUUAAACUUUCGAGCAACGUGAGGCUGAAGGGAGGAGCCCGGCUGGGCGAGGGCCGCGUGGAGGUGUUGAAGGACAGCGAGUGGGGGAGCGUGUGUGACGACCGCUGGAACCUGCUGUCGGCCAGCGUGGUGUGCAGGGAGCUCGGCUUCGGGAGCGCCAAGGAGGCUCUGACCGGAGCCCGCAUGGGACAAGGGAUUGGUCCGAUCUACAUGAACGAGGUGAAGUGCCUCGGCCAGGAGAAGUCCAUCUGGAACUGCCCCUUUAAAAACAUCUCAUCCGACGACUGCAAACACAUGGAGGACGCCGGCGUGCGCUGCAACGUCCCCUACAUGGGCCUGGAGAACUCGAUCCGGCUCACGGGGGGACGGACCCGCUACGAGGGCCGCGUGGAGGUCCUGGGCUCGGACUCCAACGGGACGCGGAGCUGGGGUCUGAUCUGCGGAGAGAGCUGGAGCACCAGGGAGGCCUCGGUGGCGUGCAGGCAGCUGGGCCUGGGCUACGCUAACCAGGGCCUGCAAGAGACCUGGUACUGGGACAGCAGCAACGUGACGGACAUGCUGAUGAGCGGCGUGAAGUGCUCGGGGAGCGAGAUGUCGCUGAGUCAGUGUCAGCAUCACAAAACCGUCAGCUGCCAGAAAGCAGCCGCCAAGUUCGCAGCCGGGGUCAUCUGCUCUGAGACGGCCUCUGACCUGGUCCUGAACGCCCCCGUGGUCCAGCAGUCGGUCUACAUCGAGGACCGGCCCCUGCACAUGCUCUACUGCGCGGCCGAGGAGGACUGCCUGUCCCAGUCUGCAGCCAAGGCCAACUGGCCGUACGGACACCGGCGGCUGCUCCGCUUCUCCUCCCAGAUCCACAACAUCGGCCGGGCCGACUUCAAGCCCAAGGCCGGGCGCCACUCGUGGGUCUGGCACGCCUGCCACGGCCACUACCACAGCAUGAACAUUUUCACCCACUACGAUCUGCUGAACUCCAACGGGACCAAAGUGGCCGAGGGACACAAAGCCAGCUUCUGUCUGGAGGACACGGACUGUCAGGACAGUGUUUCUAAAAGAUACGAGUGCGCUAACUUUGGCGAUCAGGGCAUCACUGUGGGCUGCUGGGAUUUGUACCGACACGACAUCGACUGCCAGUGGAUCGACAUCACUGACGUCAAACCUGGGAACUACAUCCUGCAGGUUGUGAUCAACCCCAAUCAAGAAGUGGCCGAGAGCGACUUCACCAACAACGCCAUGAAAUGCAACUGCAAAUACGACGGCCAACGGAUCUGGCUCCACAACUGCCACAUUGGCGACGCGUUCAGCGAAGAGGCCGAGAGGAGGUUCGACAAAUACCCGGGACAGCUGAAUAACCAGAUCUCUUAAAAACAACCACAAUAUGAGGAUGAAUAAAUAAAGUCACACCUCACCAGCUCAAAAACAAAAGACACAGAUUCUUCAUUUUCAGGUGUCUCGUAUGUCUCCGAAUAUUUGUAAUAUGCAGUAUUUGCAGUAUUUUCCUCUGGUGAAUGUGUUUUUAUACUUGAAUAUUCAAGUGCUAAUGUUUUUGUGGAUUUUUUUCUUUUCUCAGUCUAAUGUGAGCAAACGAGAUGGAGUCAGAUUUCAUACGGCCAGUUGUAAAGUCCGUCUUUUGAUUGUGUUAUGAAUGAGGUUGUAUUUUUGUCAUAUUUUUUUAAUAACCAGAUUUAUUUGACUCAGAAUGAGCAGGUGCAGAUUCAGCUGAAUUAUGAUCAUUUCAUUGUGUUUAAAGGAAACUGGAAUGGGACUCAGUGGAGUUUCCCCUCAUGAAACCAGGUUUAAAUCCACAGAAUCCAGAUCUUUACUCACACCGAACAUUCAUAGAUAUCAGUCCCCAGAACACGUCGGAUUAUUCUCACAAAAAUCCAUGAAUUACCUCCCUUGAGAAAAUCAUAUAAAAGGACCAAAAAGGACUCGAAAUAUUGAAGAAGGUGAUGAUGAAUUCCUGGAUUUGCCCUUUUGUGCCGAUCAAAGCCAUAAUUAGAAAGGGUUCCCUCCUGGGUCCUGCCUCAGCCCUCCACUACAUUUAUUGGAAAUGAGUUUGUGUAGUUUUUGUGUAAUCCUGCAGACCAACAAACAAACAGACGUGGGGUGUAAACAAAACCUCCUCUAAGCACCUAGAAGGGCCCUCAGAGAGCACACACCUCCACCCAGGCUAAUGCCCAAGGUGAAGCAAAGAUCUGAGGCACCACCAGGGACAGACUCACUGGGGAUAAUGGGAAACGGUGAGAGUUAACAUGAAGAAGUCAUAUCAAACCUGCUAUUUUAUGAAUGUAUUUAUUACCAAUAUCGAGGUGCUCGUUCGUUAUUGUCAGUUUUGCUUUGGAACCGGUUUGUUAGUCCGUGUGUAUUUUAUAAUCGUAGUCGUUUAGAGUCGAGACGUUACUGAACACAAAACUACAAGUACCCCCCCCCC